GAACCAAGGCCCGGGGGAUAUAACAGCAUCCGAGGGUUCUGCCCCUGUAAAUGGCUGGUGGCAACUGAUCAUUCGACUGUCGUUCCUUCCUCUCUAUGCACUUGCCUUGUCCCUUGAAGAAGACAAGGGCUCCUUGGACUGGUUCUCCUCCGUCUCAGCGCCCUGAUCGUGCUUUGCACCCGGGGGUCAACCUUCAGUCCAGUGCCGCCACGGUUGAGCCGCCGCUGUCCGUGGUGAUGAAUACGGUGCCCCGGCACAAGGCCUCCACCGUCUACCAGCACACGGCCUCCAGAAAGCGAUCCAAAAACUUUAAAAAGCGCUACCCUUGUCGCACCAAGGGCGUGUGACCGAGGCGGCAACCAUGGCGACGGACGCCGCAGCCGCCGGGCCCGACCCCGACCCCGGUGAUGAGCCGGCACCGCGGCAGGAGCGGGAGGCCGAGGCCGAGCCUCCGGCGAAGGCCGCCAGGCUGGAGAGGGGCAGCUGCUCCCCGGCGGGGACGGGGGGAGGCGGGGACGGGGACCACGGCCCCAGUGAUGUCCCACACUACCCCGAGCCCCUGUGGCUGGACGGAGGCAACCUCUACGAAGCGGGCGUGGACCCCGGGAGCGACGUGGAGCCGUACACGCAGGGUGGCAGCCAUUACUGCCAGGUGGAGUACGACUUCAGCCAAGAGCCGCAGUUCCUGGUGGGGGCCUGGGAGGAGUACGCCAGCACCACGGAGAACUUCCUGAAAGGGUGCAAGUGGGCCCCCGACGGUUCCUGUAUCCUGACCAACAGCGCUGACAACACCCUGAGAAUCUUCAACCUCCCCUCCGAGCUGUACGAGAUGAGGUGCAGCGUUCUGCCUGAAAUGAGGCCGGUGCUACGGAUGACCGAGGGCGAUACCAUCUAUGAUUAUUGCUGGUUCCCUGUCAUGUCCUCCAUGGCUCCUGAAACCUGCUUCCUGGCCAGCAGCAGCCGUGACAAUCCGAUCCAUGUCUGGGACGCCUUCUAUGGUGACCUGCGAGCCACCUUCCGGCCAUACAACCACCUGGAUGAGCUGACGUCCGCUCAUUCCCUGUGCUUCACGCCCGACGGCGCUCAGCUCUACUGCGGCUUCGACAAGAUGGUGAGGGUGUUUGAGACGUCUCGGCCCGGCCGGGAAUGCGAGAAGAGGCCAACGAUGGCCAAGAGGCAGGGCCAGACGGGCAUCAUUUCGUGCAUCGCCUUUAGCCCGCAGCAGGACCUGUACGCCUGUGCCUCCUACGCAAAGACGGUGGGGCUGUACUCCAUGGACGAGGGCGCCGUGCUGAGCGUGCUUCAGGGCCACCGGGGCGGCGUGACGCACCUGGUCUUCUCGCCCGACGGCAACCUGCUCUACACCGGGGGUCGCAAGGAUCCCGAAAUCCUGUGCUGGGAUCUCAGGCAGCCCGGAAAAGUGCUGUUCUCCAUGUUACGCUCAGCGACCACCAACCAGCGAAUGUAUUUUGACCUGGAGCUCUACGGCCGCUACGCGGUGAGCGGCAACACGGACUGGGCGGUGUCCGUGUGGGACCACUCUCCCCCCCCCCCUCCCUGGGCCCCGACCCCCCUGCUGGAGCCCAUCCUGCAGCUCCACACCCAACAGGACUGUGUCAAUGGGGUCAGCCUGCACCCGUUCCUGCCGCUGCUGGCCACCACGUCGGGCCAGCGCCAGUUCCCCGAGCCCCCGGAGAGCGAUGACGAGGGAGACGGCGUGCUGAUGUCGCUGCGCCACGCCCGGGCGGAGAACUCGGUCAAGCUGUGGCUGUGCGCGGGCUUGGGAGGGGGGUGCGGGCCGGCGGUCAGUCCCGCAGCCGGUGGGGGUCCCGAAGUCGGGGGUCCCAGAGGGGGAGAGGAAAGUCACGCCAUCGGGGACCCUCGGGACGAGGCAGGGGCCAGUGCUAGCUCCGGAGAUCUGGAGGAGGGGAGAGCAGUCAGUCCCGGAGUCGGGGGUCCCAGAGGGGGAGGGGGAGGGGAAAGUCACGCCAUCGGGACCCUCGGGACGAGGCAGGGGCCAGUGCUAGCUGCGGAGAUCUGGAGGAGGGGAGAGCGGCCAGUCCCGGAGUCGGGGGUCCCAGAGGGGGAGGGGAAAGUCACGCCAUCGGGGACGAGGCAGGGCUCGGUCCUGACACCAGGGGAGUGGGAGAAGAGACAUCGGUCGAUGCUAGCCCCGGUGACGUGGGGACGGGCAGAGUGGCCAGUCGCAUAG